AUGCUUGAGUACAGCAAAAGAAUAUUUGCAUGGCUAAUCUCCUUAAUCAUAUCACUUUACCACCUUAUCAGUCCAUUCCCAAUCGAAAAAGUGACACGACAGCAAAAAAUAAAUAAAGAGAUUGCAAAAUUAGGCAAGGAACGAGGGGACGAAAGACGACGUCGGGAUUACUCCAGUAGCUCGAAAUUGUGGAAGCAACAUAUGACCCGGCCAACUCCACGUAAGCGACGCGCAUGA